AUGGCUCGAAAUCUGGGUAUAACAGAUGGAUUAAAAAAUGAAUGGAAGCUUUGGAAGCUACUCAAGGGAAAAGAAACUGGCUUAGGAUGGAAUAUAAAAAAGAAUACAAUUGAUGCAACUGAAGAUUGGUGGAAUAGUAAAUUACAGAGUCAUCCCGAUGUUGCAAAGUUUCGCAUUCGGAGAAUUGAACCAGAGGUAGAGGAAAAAUUAGAUAGGAUUUUCAUGAACACUGUUGCUACAGGAGAGUAUGCUUGGACACCUUCAUCUGGAAUAAUUCCAUCUGAGUCUGAAAAACCUUUUAACAAUAUUGAAACCUUACAUGAACAACUUGAGAGUAGUGACGAUGAUCUAGAGAUGCCUAAUACUGAUAGAUUUCUUAGAGAGAAAAAUAACAAGAGAUUAGCCGAGCCACUUGAGAAACAAAAUAAAGCAAUGAAACAUGGAAAAGGAAAAAUGAAGAAGACAGGGCCUUUAAUGAUAUUUGAACAAAUUGGUCGCCUUGCUGAUGCUGUGGAGACAAGGAGUAGAAAUAUUGAAACAGCUAGAAAGGAGAAUAGUAUUACCGAAGUUAUGAAAAUUUUAAAUUCUUUGCCUGGAAUUGAGAAAGGGAGCAGCAUGUAUUUAUUUGCAACUCGCUUGUUUAUCAUGAAAGAGAAGAGAGAGAUGUUUGCUUCAUUGGAAGAACCUGAGUUGAUGCUUACUUGGCUCAAGAAUGAGCAUACUCUGGGAUAA